UAAAUCAUCCAAACAAACUUGAAUAAUCUUGAAAUCUUAGGAAUUAAAGAUGUCUUCUUUUACUUCUAAAUUAGUACUAGCUCUUAUAGUUAGUGCUUUUGCUGUUGCAAUUGCGGGCACUUUUGAUGACAAUUUUGAAAUAACAUGGGGUGAAGGCAGAGCAAAGAUGCUAAAUAAUGGAGAGCUUCUAACUCUCUCACUUGACAAAAUCUCAGGCUCAGGUUUUCAAUCCAAGAAUGAAUAUCUCUUUGGUAAAAUAGACAUGCAGCUCAAACUUGUCCCUGGUAACUCUGCUGGCACUGUCACUGCUUACUAUUUGUCGUCACAAGGACCAACACAUGAUGAGAUAGAUUUUGAAUUCUUGGGAAAUUUAAGUGGUGAUCCUUAUACUUUGCAUACUAAUGUAUUUAGCCAAGGCAAAGGCAACAGAGAGCAACAAUUCUAUCUUUGGUUUGACCCUACUGCUGAUUUCCAUACCUAUUCCAUCCUUUGGAAUCCACAUCGCAUCAUAUUUUAUGUGGAUGGAACACCAAUUAGAGAAUACAAAAAUUCAGAAUCAAUUGGAGUAUCAUAUCCUAAAAACCAACCAAUGAGAAUAUACUCAAGUCUAUGGAAUGCAGAUGAUUGGGCUACAAGAGGUGGACUUAUUAAAACUGAUUGGAGUAAAGCACCCUUUAGUGCUUCCUAUAGAAACUUCAAAUCUGCAACUUUAACCUCUGCAGCCAACAGCAAUUCAUGGUUAAAUGAAGAGUUGGAUAAUACAAGUCAAGAAAGGCUGAAAUGGGUGCAGAAGAAUUACAUGGUUUAUAAUUAUUGCAAUGAUUCCAAGAGAUUCCCACAAGGAUUUCCUGCAGAUUGUGCUAUAUAACAGCUGAGACCCUGAAAAAGGAUUAUAGCGUAUAUUCUUUUAUUUAUAAUCUCUAUUGUAAUGAUUCUUUUAUUGUUUUGUACCAAAGAUGCAUUAAUUCUUGAAGAUUAGAAACAGUUAGUAUUGUACCAAAUUCGUAUAGACAAUGGAUAUUGAUUUAUUCUUUUAUAAG